AUGAUUGAUCUCUGGCGCAAAAUCUACACUUUGGACAGCAUCUCGGCAUUCUCUUCUGCACAACUCACAAUGGCUAUCAAGGUGCUCUCACACUCCGUUCUUGUGGCUGAAUCUUACAGCGCUAACCUGGUUGUGCAGACUCUCGGCGCAAAGGCUGCAGCGGCUCUGGACCAGGAGCUUAUGAGCACUGGCGCCUUUUCUAUUGACCAACUCAUGGAGCUUGCCGGGCUGGCAGUGUCACAAGCAGGCGGAGAUGGCCUUGUUGCCGCACGACAUCUAUUCUACUAUGGUUACAGGCCAACAAUCUUUUACCCCAAGAAAAGCAAGAAUGAACUUUAUCAGCGACUGGCCAAACAACUCGAAGAUCUCGAAGUUCCGUUCGUUGAUGAUUUCCCAACCGCCAUGAAAUCGACAGACCAUAUAGUGGAUGCGAUAUUUGGCUUCAGCUUUUCAGGCGAAGUUCGGGAGCCAUUUCCGGAUGUAAUCAAAUCUCUCCAGGAGACCAAAAUUCCCGUCACUUCAGUGGAUGCACCGUCGUCGUGGGACAUCGAAAACGGCCCUCCUAAGACAGGGUUAGGUAGCUCUUUUAUGCCCACGGCUCUUGUCAGCCUCACGGCCCCUAAACCAUUGGUCAAUCAUUUUACUGGCCGGCAUUUUGUUGGCGGGCGAUUUGUGUCUCCAUCUAUUGCCAAAAAAUAUAAGUUCGACGUCCCCCCCUACCAAGGUAUUGACCAGGUUGUCGAGAUAGGACCGUCCGAGCAGAAGCUCUGA